GCCUAUUCUCCGGGCACUGGGCACUGCGUGGUCUUGGCACUGAUCAACAUCAAUAAAAAUGUCUUCCCAACACCCAAGACACACGCCAAAUGAUGUCAUAUCCGUUGUGCGACUCCCCUGCAGCCUCGUACAUCUGUCUCGUCCCCUGGCAUAAACUUUUCUCUGUGGUGUCACUGGUGUGUGUUGAUCAGACCGGCGCGUUGGCUCUGCUUCACACAAGAGUCCUCGGAGCGUUGGGAAUGAACGCGGAUCUAUCCGUCUUGUUCCAUUGGAGCGCUCUGAACGGCGGUGGGCACAGCCAAUACAGGCAGCGACGCGGACGCAUUCCUGCAACGAGGGCUGUGGGUGAAUAAAGCGAGAAAAGUGUAACUGUUCCCGAUAGACAGAAUGCGUGCUCUAUUUAGUGUCCUGUACCCGGUGAUUUCAAUCACGGUCUUCGGAUUAUAUCCGUCAAUGACAAUUGGGCCUAAGGAGGGUUGGCAGGUGUACAGCUCUGCCCAGGAUGCCGAUGGUCGGUGUAUCUGCACGGUGGUGGCACCUGAACAGAACCUCUGCUCCAGAGAUGCCAAGGGAAGACAGCUCCGCCAGCUACUGGAGAAGGUGCAGAACAUGUCCCAGUCCAUUGAGGUGUUGAACCUACGGACUCAGAGGGACUUCCAGUAUGUCAUGAAGAUGGAGAAUCAGAUGAAAGGGCUCCGGACCAAGUUCAGACAGGUAGAAGAUGACAGGAAGACUAUUAUGGCCAAGAACUUCCAGGAGCUUAAGGAGAAGAUGGAUGAGCUGCAGCCUCUGAUCCCUGUGUUGGAGCAGUACAAGACAGACGCCCAGCUCAUCUCCUCCUUUAAAGAGGAGAUCAGAAACCUGUCCAUGGUGCUCACAGCUAUCCAGGAGGAGAUGGGGGCAUACGACUAUGACGAGCUCUACCAGAGGGUGCUGAGACUGGACAGCAGGCUCCGCAACUGCAUGGGCAAACUCACAUGUGGGAAAUUAAUGAAAAUCACUGGACCUGUAACAAUAAAGACAUCUGGCACCCGGUUUGGGGCAUGGAUGACUGAUCCACAGGCCUCUCAGAGAAACAACAGGGUCUGGUACAUGGACAGCUACACCAACAGUAAGAUUGUCCGUGAGUACAAGACCAUGGAAGACUUUGUGGCUAAUGUGGUGUCUCGAACCUACAACCUUCCAUUUAAAUGGGAGGGAACCGGUCACGUGGUAUACAAUGGAUCCCUGUACUACAACAAGUAUCAGAGUAACAUCAUCGUGAAGUACAGUUUUGAGACAGGUCGGGUGCUGGCUCAGCGGGCUCUGGAGUACGCCGGCUUCCACAACACCUACCCCUACUCCUGGGGCGGAUACUCCGACAUCGAUGUCAUGGCCGACGAACUGGGCAUGUGGGUGGUGUACGCAACCAAUCAGAACGCGGGAAAUAUCGUCAUCGCCCAGAUGGACCCGGACACCUUGGAAGUCCAGAAGACAUGGAACACGGAAUAUUCCAAACGGAAUGCGGGAGAAUCCUUCAUGAUCUGCGGAACACUCUACAUCACCAACUCUCACCUGACGGGUGCUAAGGUCUACUACUCAUACUCCACCAAGACCUCCAGCUAUGAGUACACAGACAUCCCCUUCCACAACCAGUACUUUCACAUGUCCAUGUUAGACUAUAAUGCCAGGGAGAGGGCACUCUAUGCCUGGAACAAUGGACACCAGGUGCUGUUCAAUGUCACUCUGUUCCACGUCAUCAAAACCGAAGAUGACUCCUAGAAGAGAAAUGAGAACAAAUGUCAGAUGUCCUCAUAUGGAUACCAUACAAAUGAGAACAACAACUCUCAAAGAGAAAGCACCAUCAUUUGUGAUAUACAAGGGACCUUGUACUAACUCCCUUGUUCAUAUUUUUUCUUCUCCUCCCUAAAAUGAACUGUGCUGUUUUUACAUUGCCAUUACUUGAAGAAAUCACCUUUUUGUAUUUUCUGGGCCAGAACACUUGAACACGGACAGAAUGGCAUUCCGUUUCCAUUCUUCCUUUUUUAACUUCUUACAUCGCUGCUGAAAAGACGACUUUACUGUAUGGCCUUAUUCACUGCUGUCUUUUGGAUCCGUAUCAGCCGAAGGCUCUAGAUUGCUUUUGUGCAUGAAUGUCUGACAUUUUGUCUGAUGUAAUUUAUGAUGAUAUAUUAGCUACGUUCCUGUUCUAGACAUGUCCUUUAGUUCUCACGGUGUUUGUGGUGAUGUCUAUUUAAAGUAUUUAAACCGGGGAGGUUGAAGAUCAUCCCCUCCAGACUAUUUGCUGCCAUGUAUGAAGAAGUUAUUUAUAACAAAGCAAAAUGGACAGUCUUAUCAACUUAUUAAAAAUAUUGCAGUAAUAAUUUUAUGUCUCUAUGUGAGAGUUAAGUCCAUAUUUUUUAUAAAAUACUGUAUCAUAAAAGCGUAUCUGUUUUUAUUUGUCCAUGUUGAAUAAGGCAAUACAUACUCUUAUAGUAAAAACUGAAAUGAACCAAUCCAGCACCAAAUAAAUCCUAUGAUUUUAUCUCGGU